GUCAUUUCGGACGAUAAGCUCCAAGCGACCGGACGCCGAUAAAAUCGCCCCACCCACUCCGCCCGCUCCCCCUCUUCCGCCGUCGCCUCUCCAGCCUCCACUUUCCCCAUCCUUCUCCGCCGUCGCGGUCGCCUCGCAGUCCGAAGAGCCUCCGACUCCGAUGGCCAGCCGCUGGGUCCGACCCGAGGUGUACCCUCUGUUCGCGGCGACGGGCGUGGCCGUCGGCAUCUGUGGAUUUCAGCUCUUCAGGAACAUCACCGGCAACCCGGAAGUCAGGGUAAACAAGGCAGGGAGGGCAGCUGGUGUCCUUGAAAAUCAUGAGGAGGGGAGGCGUUACGCAAUGCACGGCCUCAGGAGCUUUGUGCAUGACAAGACCCCUGAAAUCAUGCCAGCGAUUAACAAGUUCUUCACUGAGCCAAAGUGAAGCAUUUUGCUUGGCUGUUGACUGCUCUGCUUAAAUGGCUAUUGUCGAUUGUACCCAUGUCAUCCAUAAAUUGAAGCACAGCCGAUACCUCUUAUUGAAAGUACCGUAUGAGUGCGAUUGGUCAUGACUUCCUAUGUGUGCGAUGGUCGAUGAAUGUUGUGAUUGAUGAUGACUUCCUGUGUGUGCAAUGGUUGAUGAGUGAUGUGAUUGGUAUGACU